GGAAGCAGUUUGUCUUCAUUCGGCCACCGUCUCGUCAGCGUUACGGAGUAUUUUGUCCGCCUGCCGCCGCCGUCCCAGAUAUUAGUCACCGAGCUUCAGGGCAGCGGAAGGUGUGUUUCGGGAGAGCAGGCUGGCGUUGCCGGCACCAUGGAGUCGCCUUUUAGUCCGGGACUUUCUCACCGGCCGGAUGAAGAGUGGGAUUCUACCCUGUUUGCUGAACUUGGCUACUUCACAGACACUGAUGACUUGCAAUUGGAGUCAACAAAUGAAAUUUAUGAAAAUAAUUUUGAUAAUCUUGAAUUUGAUUUGGAUUUGAUGCCUUGGGAGACGGGCAUUUGGGACAUCAACAACCAGUUCUGUACAGUUAAAGAUAUUAAGGCAGAACCUCAGCCACUUUCUCCAGCCUCCUCAAGUUGUUCAGUCUCAUCUCCUCAGUCAGUGGACUCUUGUUCUUCAACUCAGCAUGUUCCUGAGGAGUUGGAUUUGUCUUCUACUUCCCAGAUGUCUCCCCUUUCCUUAUAUGGUGAAAGCUCUAAUAGCCCCUCCUCAUCAGAGGCACUGAAGGAAGAUAAGCCCAUCAUUGGUCCUAGGAGCAAAACUGAAAAUGGACUGACUCCGAAGAAAAAAAUUCUGAUGAGUACAAAACCUUCAAUUCAGCCCAAGCCUUUAUUACUUCCAGCAGCACCCAAGACUCAAACAAACUCCAGUGUUCCAGCAAAAACUAUCAUUAUUCAGACACUACCAACACUUAUGCCGUUGGCAAAGCAACAACCAAUUAUCAGUAUACAUCCUACACCCACUAAAGGUCAGAACGUGGUGCUCUCUCAGCCUACCGUGGUACAACUCCAGGCACCUGGAGUUCUGCCCUCCCCUCAGCCAGUCCUUGCUGUCGCUGGGGGAGCCCCACAGCUACCUAAUCAUGUGGUGAAUGUGGUACCAGCCCCUGUGGCAAAUAGCCCAGUGAAUGGAAAACUUUCUGUGACUAAACCUGUCCUACAAAAUACCAUGAGAAGUGUGGGUUCAGAUAUUGCUGUGCUAAGGAGACAGCAACGUAUGAUAAAAAACCGAGAGUCGGCUUGUCAGUCCCGAAAGAAGAAGAAAGAGUACAUGCUAGGGCUAGAGGCAAGGUUAAAGGCCGCCCUUUCAGAGAAUGAGAAGCUGAAGAAAGAGAAUGGAUCAUUGAAGCGGCAGCUGGAUGAAGUCGUGUCAGAGAACCAGAGGCUUAAAGUUCAUAGUCCAAAGCGAAGAGCAAUCUGUGUGAUGAUAGUAUUGGCGUUUGUAAUACUGAACUAUGGACCCAUGAGCCUGUUGGAGCAGGAUUCCAGGCGAAUGAAUCCUAGUGUGAACCCUGCAAAUCAACGGAGGCAUCUUCUAGGAUUUUCUGCUAAAGAGGAGAAAGACACAUCAGAUGGUAUCAUCCAGAAAAACAGCUACAGAUAUGAUCAUUCUGUUUCAAAUGACAAAGCCCUGAUGGUGCUAACUGAAGAACCACUACUUUAUAUUCCUCCACCUCCUUGUCAGCCCCUGAUUAACACAACAGAAUCUCUCAGGUUAAAUCAUGAACUUCGAGGGUGGGUUCAUAGACAUGAAGUGGAAAGGACCAAGUCGAGAAGAAUGACGAAUAAUCAAGAGAAAACCCGAAUUCUUCAGGGUGCUCUGGGACAGGGCUCAAAUUCUCAGCUCAUGGCCGUCCAAUACACAGAAACCACUAGUAUCAGCAGGAACUCAGGGAGUGAGCUACAGGUGUAUUAUGCUUCACCCAGAAGUUAUCAAGACCUCUUUGAAGCCAUCCACAGAAGGGGAGACACAUUUUAUGUCGUGUCGUUUCGAAGGGAUCACCUGCUGUUACCAGCUACCACCCAUAACAAGACCACAAGGCCAAAGAUGUCAAUUGUAUUACCAGCAAUAAACAUAAAUGAGAAUGUGAUCAAUGGGCAGGAUUACGAAGUGAUGAUGCAGAUUGACUGUCAGGUGAUGGACACCAGGAUCCUCCACAUCAAAAGCUCGUCAGUUCCUCCUUACCUCCGAGAUCAGCAGAGGAAUCAGACCAACACCUUCUUUGGUUCCCCUCCAGCAGCCACAGAGGCAGCCCACGUUGUCAGCACCAUCCCUGAAUCAUUACAGUAGUCCCCUGGGGCUCCACUGAAAAAUGAAGAGUGGGACUGGAGAGUGGGUGAGAGAAAUGCUUCCUCCUGCCUUCUCGGUGACAGACAGAGAACUGCCUCAUAAUAGAAUUUAAGAGAUAAAAGAGGAAGAAAAGAAGCUGCUUUAUUUUUCACCAUCUGCCCAUCUGCUUGGGAAGCACUGGACCUCAGACGCCAGGGCAGCAGCGGUUCUCCAGUGGCUGUGUAGCCCUGCUUCCUCCGCUGCUGCCUGGCAUAGAUCUUUUUCUGUACCUUUCCAAAUUGCUUUUCCCUCUGUAUUGGUUUUGUGUUUAAACAGUCAUCUUCUUUCCAAUAAGGCCCACUUCCCCUCUCUGCCAUUUCACUUAUGGGUAUAGUAAAGAGACUUUUAUUUAUAGCAAUGCAGUACACUGAUGUUUCCACCAAUUAGAUCUUUCAUCAACUUAAUGCAAACUAGUUGUGGAUAUUGUGCUUACUGGAAAACACAUUUCCAAACCAGAAGAGCCAAAAGCAUCCCCAAAAGAGUUAAAAUAAUUUGGAGCUUUAGGUAAAAGGAAAAAUCCCCAGGUGGUAAAGUUUAUCUUGGGAUUUGCGGUUCACACCUGAUACUGCACGUGACUAACUGUGUUGGGGGUCGGGGAUGGGGUGCAAGUAUGAGAGUGAAAUGGAAGAAAAGGGCCAAUGGUGGGGCUUUGAAAGAGGAGAUAGCUCCAUUAAUACGUUCACUUAAAACAGUGAAAGUUUGAUUUGAUUGCAGUUUAAGAUUAAACGCACAGCUACUAUUUAUUAUGAGGACUCUAGGCCGCUGAGUGUUAGCACACGUACCUAUGUCUUCUCUAUAUUAAUCAGGUGCAGAUCCUCAAGGACCACAGGACAAAUCCUUCAUCUUUAUUCUGAAUCUGCAUACACUACACACUUUUUAUUAAUAUGAUGAUACCAAAUUCAGCUCAGGAGCAUGUAGGUAACUUUAGGCUUAAGAGAAAAAGCUCUUGUUUGUUUAAUUGAUAGAUAUUUACUCCUUUAAGACUAUGCAGACAGACAUGCUUGGGUUACUGCUGGGGGCGUGCAUCCCAUAAUAUGGCAAUAAUUUUCAGUUCUCCAGUGAAAAGGCAGUGGAGGAAUUAACUCCUUUGUCCUCCCUUUUUUUUUUUUUUUAAGAAAACAGAAAAUCAAAAAACUUACUAUGUUCACUUGUGCUUUGACUACUUUCUUCUCUCUGAUUUCUACCUUUAACUUCUAAAGUGAAUCUUUUAAUCUUCUCCUCCUUUGAAACUUUUCAAUCUCUCUAUAGAAGUCAUUCUGCAAACACUGCUUCUUACCCUCAUUGACUCACCUUUGUCAGAUUUCUUCCCUUCCAUUCCACACUGUUAUCAAUCUCUUCCUCCUUGCAAGAAAAGGAAAGAGAAAUAAUGUCAACUCCUCAAGGAUUCCAUGUAGCCAGUUAGUUUUCUGCCUGUGAAAUUAGACAUGGCUCCUAAAUAAUUCUGAAGCAUCACCAGUACUUCUCUGGCUAGUGAUGCCUCUCUGCCCAAGCCAGUUAGGUGCUUUCUGAGGAAAUCAGUUUAACUCUCGUGAGGGGAAGAAGAGGGAUGUGUUGCUCUGUUCCCGGGGAAUCUGGAGUUUGAAAAGUAUCAGUUAGCCUCCUUUUUUCCUCCAUGUACAAACCGUUUUAAGUCAGGGCAGCACUCUUCUCUGACUUGGCCACCCUGGGCCAUCUUCAGACAAGACCCAUUUUCCCUGGGGACCACCUUUACUUCUAACAGGUGCCAAGGAGGAGAAGGCAGGUGCGUGGAAGACCGUUAGGUUACAGGGAAGUCUUCUCAUGGAAUGUCUUCUCCUGGCCCUGCUCCUUCCCAUUCUGUCCUAUGCAUUAGCUGAACAAGAGGCCGUGACCGUGGUUAGUAGGCAGUGGCCACGUGAUCAUUCCUAAGCUGCUCAUCUUCUCCUGGAACUGUUGUCACUGUCACAGCAGAUGCAAAUCGGUUUGCAUGGAGUGAUCACAGGUGGUGCUGCCUUCCUCUCCUUUGCACUGACUCACAAGAAUAAACCAUCACGUGGACUUCUUGUUCUCAGCACUUGCUUUUCCUUCACCCCUCCGUUCGCAGCUUCCAGUGCUCAUUUUACCAACUUGUCGGCCUGACGACUUUGAUUAUGUCACCUUAAUGCCUCUCUUUCAGGUGACAGUGUAGGUGAAGGUUGGGAAGGAGUCGUGCCCAAGAGAGAGGGGGUGUCAGAAGUGAUGAAGUUAAGGUCCCUGUGGAGCGACCACCAAGAGCGGUCUGGGAGCCUUGCCUUCCCUUUCUACUCGCUGGCCCUUCAGCUCCUUGUUACCUGUUCUGGAACUGAUCUUUUUGAGAUGAGGGAACAGGACCCUCCUCAGGGUGAAGUUUUAGGAAAUGAGUGAAAGGCAACUGAUCAGUGCAAAGAUGUAUUCUACUUUUUUUUUUUUAGAAGUAUUCUACUUUUUGAAGUGCUGGCAAAGCUCUUGUUAAUCCCUGGGCACAAUGGUAGUUUUUAUUUUAACAUCUGUAUGCUAGCACAAGGCCCUUUAGGAAGUGGAAGGUUGCUAUGCCUGAUCAACAAAUGAAGCUGGUCUUCUGGCUUAAUUUUUUUUGCUGAGAUUACCUUUGGGAGCUUGCAGCCAGGAAUUGUAGGGAAUGGGUGGGUGUGGGUGUAUAUUUAUACAUAUAUAAUUGUUUUUAACUUAUUAAGUUUUUAGGUGGCAUUUUGCAAGCUUAUGAGAAAAUUAGAUAAACUCAUGGAGAAAGCAAGUCUGCCUGUUAUUCGAUGACUUUGUGCCCUUUGGGUCACCAAUACUGCUCUCUUGGGAAGUGAUGGUGGAGACUGCUGGAAAUGAUUUUUCCAUCUAGUUGCAACUCCCAAGUUUCUAAGGCUUAAUAGAAGUGGAUAUUCCGUCCUACUGACUACUGAGUCGGGAGCUUAUCCCCCAUGGGGUUAACUCACUCAGCAGAAAAGGGACGCAGCUCCAUUAGAAUGGUAGUAUAAAAUGCCACUUUCCAAAGUUAGGAUUUGUAAAAGGAUUAUCUCGAAACAAAUGUAUUGCUUGCCAGGCUUGUAGUUUAGAAACUUUACAGUAGAUUAUUGAGUGGGGUUUGUCUUUUCCCAAGUAAAAAAUUCCCUGUGCUUAUAAAAGCCCAGAGCAUCUUCUAAUUGUUUUUUUUUUUUUAAUGACUAAAAGCUCCAACACAAAGCUGGCAUUUCUUUGCCUUUUCUUCUCAGUAAGAAGUAGACACGGAGGUAUUUGAAAGCAGCAAUGUUAUAUGAGUCAUUCUUGAGUGUUUUGAAUAAACACUAAGAAACACAAGAAACUUGGGAUGCAAACUGAUUUUUCUAGCAUUUUUAAAGAGACACUGUCCUAAUUAAACUUUCCUAGCUCCCUGAAUCUUCCUCCUGGGCAUGUGCCCCCAGUAGUCACAGCAAUGACAAUCUGAUGACGCUGCUGCUGUGGCAUUUGGAGUGAUUAAAACUGGAGAACUCGCAAGCUCCUUGCAGUUUUUGUACUAUUUUCUGAUUCUUGCCAUUUUACUAAGCUCAGGUUGUGAAACUUAACUGAAAAUACCACAGGGGAAGACUUAUAACUGUAUUUGACUUUCUAACACAUUGAGUUUAGUUUCAAAGCAGCUUCCACAUUCAACAAUUUAUUAGAAGUAACCACUUUUACUAAAGAGCCAGAGUAAGAUCCAUACCCCGUCGGUCUGACUCCAUGGAAGUUUUCCACCACAAAAGCCCUCUUCCCCCUGCACACGGCCGGGCCGACCGGCGUCCUGCUGCAGAGUCACAGGGCUGAACUUCAAAUGAGACCUUUCAUACCGUUGGCCGUUUUCAUACAAAUUAACCUCUCAAAUAAGAUUGCUUAAUGUCAAAAUUGGUAGACAUUUAUUACCACUUAUGGACCCCUCAUUCUUUACCAAAAUGUUAUUUUUGUCAGUCCUGAGUUUUUUAAUUUAUCGAAAUUAGGAUCUUUGCUGCUAAUAUGAAUACUAAUUGUAACUUUUACCUUAAAAACAAGAGUAAAGCCUAACGAAAGAAAAGGAACUGUAAGAAAUUUUUAUUUUUACCCUGAAUAAUACCUAGGAGGGAGCAAUUUCUAUUUCCCCUCACCCCUAGGGGUUGUGGUUGAUUUUUAAUUUUCUAGGAAACAGAAUAUUGGACUACCCAAGAAGAUGUUGCCGGAGUCCAAAUGGAACUAUGCACAUUUUUAAAAAAUGCAUUUUUCUCUUACCUGCAAAAAGAAAUCAGUGUAUCCUGUUAACUUAUAUUUUUAAUGACUAAGCUAAAAACAAAGUUUAUUUUGGAUAAGACUAGAACUUUUAGCAGUUUAUUCUAAUAUCUGUUUGUUAAUAUCUGUCAGGUCAUCUGUCAGAAUUUAUGAAAAGAAGGAUGACAGAGGCAUACUGAUCAGGCGUUUGAUUGUAUGUGUGACUCAUGUCAUGCCUAGUCACUGUCGAAUAGUGGACCCCAUUCUCAACGUACUAGUUUGCUAACCUGAAGCUUUAGGGACUUAGCACAUUAAAGGCUUUUAAUUAGAUCAAGUUGGGGAACAAAGGAGUAAAUAAGUCAUACUUUAUUAUUUGCCAGGGUCAACAAACAGCACACUGUUUGGCUGCUUGCCCCCAGUGAAGUUGGUGACCAUUAAUUAAUAAGCAAACCAGGAGGCUUGGCAUAUCGCCCGGUAGGAUCAUCCUAGACAGAGAUUAGCAGGUUGACACUCAUGGUAAAUGUAUAUUGGACCAUUUUAGCUCACACUCAGCCCUAAUUUUGAGGUCAGUCAUCUGGAUAAGAGAUGAUGGGGAAAUAGAACUUUAGAUGAGAACUACUAUGCACUACUGGCCUUAGAGAGACUAGUUUCUUGUUCUCAUCAUGUUGGGAACAUGGUUGGGCUCAGACCAAUAGUGCUUCUCCCAUGGAGCCAUUAGAACCUGAGGACAGAGUGUUAGAGAUGCCAUUUCACCAGGAUUUUCUUUGUAAGGUUGUAUCCCUCCUAAAUCAAGAAUGAGUUAAAAAUGAGGAGGAAAGAUAUACCGUUUACUUCCUUAUUAGUUACGUUGGUUUACAACACACAAAGAAACAGUGGCAACAGACUAUAUGACAUGCUUUUAAGCAAGUCUUGGUAAUGCAAUACUCUUUCUUUGUCUAACACUCAAAUAAAGAAUUUUUUAAAUUG